AUGGUCUCAUUCGAUACUUUUGCAACGAAACGUACCAGCUUUUUAACGUCAAUGACGUCUGAUACUUCUGUCAAGAUUAAAACAGAUCGAAAUGUAAGCAAACGCUACAUGAGUCCAUUUCCACCAUUGCGAUUGUCUCCAAUGAAUACAGUCGAACUAGAAGGUCUUGGACAGAGAUUAGUCGCACGUAAUAUGGGCACAUUUGAAUCCUUUUUGUUUGAAAAUCAAAGUCAUGUGGAUGAGGACCAGUGGAAAUUCAUUUCAUCUGAAAAGAACAUAAAAGCGUACGUACAACACAAGCGCACAAGCGAGUCACCACGCAAAUCAAAAUGUGAGGAGAAUUCGGAAGCUGAAAUGCCUAUCCUUCUCGUGACUGGGACGAUAGAAGGCGAUUUGGAUGAUGUCAUGUAUGGAAUCAUUGCACUGACAACCGAUCAGAUGAGGAUCAAAACAACUUAUACUCGGGAUGGAAUUUCGCGCAGUUGUAUCCUCGCAACCGUCACACCUCCAACAUACGAUGCUCCGUUUAAUUCACUAUGCGUCAAGUGGUCGGAAUGGCAUGCACCUAUUGGUGUGCGUACAAUAACAAACCAUCGUGAUUUUGUCUACAUGGAAGCUACAGGAUUUGAUCGUCUUCGUAAUGGAGAACGGGUGGGUUAUCAUUUAGGUCACUCCAUUCAGUUUCCCGAAACGCCAGAACUUGAUACGCAUAUUCGAGGCAAUAGUUCAGUCAAUAUGUUUUACCGUCAACGUACGAAAAAUGUCAUUGACGUGUUUAUCAAAGGUUUUUUCAAUUCAGAUGCUGGAAUCAAGCGUGCAAUCAUUGUACGAUCAGCUGCACGUACACUUUUGACCGCUGGACGACAUGUCCAUUGUGGUCGCAUGAAAAGACUUUCAUGGGUUUUGAGGCAUCGAUAUUCCAACGGAGCGUCCUCAAUCGACUCGGAAUAUACUGAGAAUGCAUCUUGCAGUUCUACUAUCGACAAAGGUUGUUAUGGAUGUGGCAAGAAACAAUCACUUUUUCUUCAGGCUGCAAAUCGAACAAAUCAAGGCGCAAAAAUUCUCAAGAAGAAAAGGCACUGUCAAAUUUGCACACGGUACAUUUGUUUGGACUGUAGAAAGCAGCACUACGUUACAUUCUUACUACCAAAUCAGCGGUUACAGCGACGUCUAAUCACAAUCUGUCAAAAAUGUGAACUUGAUGCUUUUUCGAAAAGUGUCAUGACGAUUGUCCGAGACGAACUGCUGCAAAGUGAUCACUUCUUGCGAUUUAACAUCGACGACGUCGUGCGUCAAUGA